AUGGACUCCUCGGACCUAGAAAGCUUCUUCGGCCGUCAAUGGAAAGCAACCAUCGAGCAGUGCGAGAAAUCACUGGAGCCAGAUGACUUGAGGCAGGUAAAAUCGAUCACCUCCUGGGAUUCGAUGCAGAAAUAUGUGUGGGGAUCGGCAGACACAGGCGCUGGCGUAGUGGUUCCAUAUGAGAUUGCUUUGAUCAAACCAACGCUUGGCCACCUCUAUAAGUUUACACAAAUAUUCGAGACUCAGUUGGCCCCAAUUCUCCAAGCUGAUUUCUUUUGGGGCAUCAUCGGCGUCCUACUCCAGCUUACUACUCAAGAUCCGCAAGCGCUCUCCAAAAUUCCACGGAUGUUGAAGUCUCUUGGAUAUAAAGCAGAGGCCUUCACAGGCUACUAUGUCGCGCUGAGGGACAAUCCGGAACAAAUAAAAGAAGCAUGCUUUGAUAUUCAGAUUCAGCUAGUGGAAUUUUUCACUAGCGCGGUGAAGUCUAUGCGUGGCGAGGAAGAGGUAAUGCGUCAUGAUAGACGAGACGAGGAUAGUCGUGACCGACAAAAUGACCCAUGGCUGCUGCUUCAGCGCCGAUUUACCUCUACAAACCAGGAGCUCAUUGAAACUGUUGCGCGAGUCGAAAAGUUGAUUGCGGCACGUCUCCCAGGUCCAGAUCACCACAGCUCCCCGGACCCAGCAACACUUGCGCAGCAAUUUCGUUGCAUGAUACUGCCAAGCAGAAAGACGCCCCGAUUUUUCGACAGAGUCGAGACUUUUGAGAAAAUCGAUCAGGUCUUAGGUCGGGUGGGAUCAAACACAUCUUUCCAAUCCAUUGCUAUCUUUGGUCUAGGUGGGAUUGGCAAGAGCUCGAUUGCAGCACGAUAUAUUGAGCAAAAGAUUGAGAGGAACGAAUACGAAGCUGUGUUUUGGGUCUAUGGCGAGAAGACAGCCUCUUUACGACAGAGCUUCACAGAUAUUGCAAUGCGCUUGAAGUUACCGGGGGCGCAACCCAACUUGCACAACGAGAAUUUGAUCCUUGUCCAGAAUUGGUUCCAGACGACUGACUGUAGAUGGCUAGUGGUCUACGACAAUGUCGAGUCUGCCGAUCUAUUGAUGCCAUACUGGCCGGAGGCCAGUCAUGGAAAGGCAAUUAUCACCACCCGCAACCAUUCUUUGGCAUACGAGCCUGCCACUUCUGGUCUGGAAAUAACCUCAUGGGACGCGAAAAUGGGCUCCGAGUUUCUGCUAUUCCUGUUGAAACGCAAUAUAGGUAGUGACAUCCAAGUGGAGGGUGAUUCGGCAAUUGAACUUUCCCAGAAACUGAGUGGUCAUGCAUUGGCCAUCUCGCACAUGGCCGGAUUGAUUCAUCGCCGAUCGUGGUCUAUUGCUGAAUUCAUGCAAAUCUAUUUGAAGAACCCAAAACGGGCUCACCAAUCUGAGCUACAGGCUGUGUGGGAUCUCUCAUUUGCCACUCUGGGGAAGGAUAGCCGGGUAUUCUUAGGAAUUGCGUCAUUCUUGGUAUCUGAGAAAAUUCCACAGCUGCUCUUUGAUCUUGCUGAAGAUAGCGAUCUGCCAGAAGAUCUUGAGUUUUGUACCGACGAGUUCAGUUUCUCGGAGGCAACAGAGCCCCUCCUUACCCUUGCUUUGAUCAAACGUGACAGAGAUGCUCGUGUAUUUUCUUGCCAUCGGAUGGUGCAGACUCAAUUUAGAUAUUUCCUCUCUCUUGAUGAGCGACAGAAAGCUUUCGCCAACGCAACCGCGAUCGUGUAUCAGUGGACUGGGUGCAAUCGUUGCCUUCAACACGUUCUCAGUCUUGUGGAUAAGUUCAAGGAAGAGCGGCGAGUCUCGAAGAAUUUCAGGGUAUCAUCGCUAUUUUGUGAGCUUCUUAAGGAUUGUCAGAGAUAUCUCUACGAGAUCAACGCACUCAAGGAUCUUGAAGACGUGUGUGAAGUGAAUAUGCUGGCUGUGGAAGCACUUGAGGAUAAAGAAAAGGCCACUGAUAUCGCCGCUUGGACGCUAUCCCUUCAAGCCAGCAUGUACGAGAGCACGGGAAAGGUGCAAAAUGCAAUUGAGCUCAACACCAAGGGUUACGAAAUGCGAUUGCAUGAAAUUCCGUUGAAAGGCGGACUUCUCGGCGGAUUUGAGCAGAACCUGGCUUACAAUUAUAACACGGCCAAUAAUCAUGAGAUGGCCUUGAUAUGGUUUGAAAAGUCGAAGGAUACAUGGAUUGCCUGGAAUGUCAAGGAGGGGAGGGGAAUUUGUUGGCCGACGGUGACGAAGAAGAAUAUGGCCAGGUGUUUGAUGUAUCUUGGUCAAUAUGACAAGGCGCAAGAAUUGCUUGACAUUUCAAUCACCGAGUUCAAGCAGGAACUACCGCUUAACUGGGCAAUGCUGGCUUACGCAUACUUUGUCUUGGGACUGCUUGAGCGUCGAAGAAAUAGCUUCGAGGCGGCAGAAGCAAAUUUUAUCGAGGCACAUAAUCUGUGGCUUAAAGGGGACCAGACAAAAUUGCAUCCUUUCAACGCCGGAUGCUUAUACAAAACGGGGGUGGUAUGUCUUGAUCAGGGGAAAGUGGAGGCAGCUGUCAAACAUCUGCGUGAAUCUCUCGAGAUUACCAAGUUCCAUGCCGACAUAAUGCCUGUUGAGCAUGCGCGGGGGCUUUUCAAGCUGUCCGAAGCACUGCUUCAGGAUUCGUAUGAUAACGACGAGGCGAGGAAAUUGCGAGACGAGGCGGAGCUCUAUCUAUUAAGGAAGGACUCGCAGGCGGUGGAAUUUGGAAAAGAAGGAGAUUAUGACCAGUGGGUGCCAAUAUUCUGGCGAUAA